AUGUCUCACUCUGGCGCCUUUUCGGGAUCUUCUCCCAUGAAGAAAUCAGUCGUCAAGGGUGCUGGCAACGCUAGCAUCGCCGGUGAAUCUGGCAAAGAGAACCUAGAAGACCAUCGCGGCCACGUCAAAGCCGUCAAGAAACUCGUCCCAGGCUUGGUGAUGGCCGUCACGAGCGAUAGGCCCGACGACCUCGUGGUAGACCCUAGCAGGCAGAAGGGCGACGCCGGUUUCUUCUAUCCUGGUUGUGUUCCUAACGACGGCAAGCCCCGCUGGGCCGACCAGAUCAUCUCUGUCGAGUUCAAGCAGGGGCUGUCCGGAUAUGAUCCUUUCGACGACACUCCCAAGUUCGCGGCCAGCUGA